GCGCAGCUACAGGUUCUUCCAGGUGCAGUUGAUGAAAGAGGACUGACGUCCGCGGAGCCGCAGAAACUAAAUGGUUAUAAACUAAGAUUUUCCCCCGAUUUUUGGGAGGAACAUUGGAGCUCAUUUUGUCACCGGAAGGAGGAGGAGGUGCGGGAUUUGCUGAUGGCUCUCCUUUUAUUCGCGUUAUUAAUGGUUUGGAGCGCGGAAUGGAACAAGGCCACCGUCCUCGGUCAGGCCUGUGUGGAUGAUGGCGGCUUUAAGGAGCAGGUGGUUUAUUUAGGGCAGCAGAGGCCCUUAUAUGUGCUGAAGUGUCCUCUACUGACAGCUCAACCUCAGAGUUUCCCCCCAACUCUGCUGUCGUGGCUGAGGGACUGUCAGCAGCUCCAGGAUCAGGAUGGAAAAGCUUUCCUGGAGUUCUCUAGCCUCAGCCUACAGGACCAAGGGAAUUAUACUUGCAUGCAACAAGGAAACAGUACAGCAUCUUUCACUGUACGCCUCAUAGUAAAGGAGUCUCAGUGUGCCAAAGCUCCUGAUUUUCAACAAGACAGCAACCCUAGCAAACUGUGGAAGAGUCUUGGAGCCUCCGUGAAACUGAACUGCACUGCUCUUCUCUUCUGGGACCCAUCAGAGGAGCCGUGUGAAACCACACCGCAGUGGAGCAAAGAUGGGAAGCCGCUCAACAACCAGACUCUCUACCUGCAAAACACAACAUCAUGGUCCCCUGAUGCCGGUCAGCUGGUCGUUAGUAGCCUGCUGGAGUUUGCCCUUAGAGAACCAGAGCAGUUUGGACUUUACAGCUGCAUAGUCAGGAACAUUUCCUCUGACUUCAGCCUGCAAAAUUCAAACAAUCCCAGCCACACGGCUGCAGUGAUUGCUGCCAUCGUCCUCAUCCUCCUGCUGGGCAUAGCAGGUCUGGUUUACUCCAGGUGCCAUCUCAACAUCAAGCUCUGGUACAAAAACUCCUAUGGAGACUAUGAACUCAACGAUGGAAAGCUGUAUGACGCCUACAUCUCUUAUGUCAGCAAUGAUUAUGACAGAAAGUUUGUCAACUUUAUCCUCAAACCUCAUCUGGAGAAUAAAAAUGGGUACAAGGUUCACCUCAAUGACAACGAUAUCCUCCCUAACACUGAGCCUUCAGCAGAGUUCCUAAUGAACAUGAGCCGCUCCCGCCGCCUCAUAGUGCUCCUCUCUCACCCUUAUCUCGAACAGGAUUGGUGCACAAACAAUUUCAGGCAGGGCCUCCUGCACUUGCUGGAGUUAUGUCAGCAGCCAAUCCUGAUCACGUUGGAGGGUCAGAUCAAACGCAUGAGUCCGGAGAUAAAGCGGGAGCUCAGCGAGAACCAGCACCGCCUCACUUUACUCACAUGGAGGCAAAACUCAGUGACUCCUUCAUCAUCCUUCUGGAAGGAGUUAGCUUUGGCAAUGCCUCGCAGUGUUAUUUUCCAUAAGGAGUCUGCAGGCGACCCUCAGACUGUCCUGCAGGAUGAUAAGGACCCCAUGCUGACCCUUGAUCCUGACUACCUGGACUGUCGCUCAGACAUCGACCCAGCUGGAGAUCUGGGCCUCCGUCUCCCUGUGAACAGAGCUCUGGCCUGUAAAGCUCCCGUCCUUCCUGCAGCUCCCACUGAAGCAGCUCAACCAAAAGCCUCCGACAUCGACGUCUCCGAUUUGGGAUCCCGCAACUACGGAGCGCGCUCGGACUUCUACUGCCUGGUCACCGAGGACAUUUAAUACUUAGCUUUUUAUAGUAUCUAGCACCUCUGUAUGCAUAUGCACCAUGCUGCUGUUUUCCUUUUGCUGUACAUCAUCAAACUGUGCCAUUUCCUGUCAAACAAUCACGCAUUGAUCUUAUUUGUUCCUCAGUUUUGUAAAGUUUUCAAGAAAAUAUGCUUCAAUAUAAAUAUAAAAGAACUAUUUGUCAUUUUUAUCAAGUGCCUUCAGUAAAAAGUAAAGAAACAAAACCUUGCUUUUUAAGUAUAGUCUUCAUUUCAUGGCUGGUAA